CCUACAAUUUUUUUUUGUUUAAAAAGACGCUUCAAUCUCUCAACAUUCUCUGAUCAAUUCGAGAUGGAUUUUCAUGGAAUGAAUCGGAAAAAUCUACAAAUCCUAUGUAAAAAGCAUGGGAUCCCUGCGAAUCUCAAGAACAUCGAGAUGGCUAAUCGACUCGCUUCUCUUAUUUUCCAGAAGGAAGAUGAAGAAACUGUAACGGAAACGAAGGAGGAGGAGGCGAAUCUAGUUGCUAGCAGAAAAGCUAAGAAAGUAAGAUUCAGUCAUGAGACUGAUAAUCAAAUUUUCGAAUUCACUCGAUCGGUUAAGAAGAGUGUUAGAACGCGUCGUAGUCGCGGCCAAGAUGGGGAUGCUAAAGCUCCUCCUCAGCCAGGUGGAGGUAUAGAGCUAAGGCGGUCGAAGCGGAGUGUGUCUAAGGGGAUAGGAUCUAAUGGAGAUGAUGUGUCAAACUCGAUAAGUGGGAUUGGCUCUAGUGGUAGUGUUCAAGAAGAGGGUAAAGAUGUAGAUUCGAUUGUUUCUGAACAGUUGGAAGAUAAAGGUAUCCAGGAUGGGAGACGGUCCACGAGACUUGCUGGUAAAAUUGAGAAAUCAUGCGUGGAAGGUGGGACAUCUAAGUCAGUAGCUUUAUUACCUGCUGCUAAGCGGUCAAAGCGAAUUGGCUCUGGUGGUAGUAGUACUCAAGAAGAGGGUAAAGAUAUUGAUUUGAAUGCUCCAGAACGGUUUGAAGAUAGAGAUGUUCAGGGUGGGAAACGGUCUAGGCGACUGGCUGCUAAAACUGAGAAAUCAUUUGAGGAAGGUGGGACAUCCAAGUUAGUAGCUUUAGUUCCUGAUGCUAAGCGGUCAAAGCGAAUUGGCUCUGGUGGUAGUACUCAAGAAGAGGGUAAAGAUACUGAUUUGAAUGCUCCAGAACGGUUUGAAGAUAGAGAUGUUCAGGGUGGGAAACGGUCUAGGCGACUGGCUGCUAAAACUGAGAAAUCAUUUGAGGAAGGUGGGACAUCCAAGUUAGUAGCUUUAGUUCCUGAUGCUAAGCGGUCAAAGCGAAUUGGCUCUGGUGGUAGUACUCAAGAAGAGGGUAAAGAUACUGAUUUGAAUGCUCCAGAACGGUUUGAAGAUAGAGAUGUUCAGGGUGGGAGACGGUCUAGGCGACUGGCUGCUAAAACUGAGAAAUCUUCUGAGGAAGGUGGGAUGUCAAAGUCGGUGACUUUAUUGCCUGCUGCUAAGCGGUCAAAAGAACUUGUAGACGUGGUUAACAAAGAAGAUGAAAGGGAAAUAGGAGAACCUAAUAGGAAGGGUGGUGGUUCUAAAGUUGAAAUGGUGCGUAGGCGGUCUAUGCGGUUUGUGAAUGAGCAGACCAGUGCUCAGGAUCAGAGAAGGUCAGUGAGGCUUAAAGCUAGUGUGGAGAACACAUCAAUGGGGCAAGCGAAGAAUGAUUCAGUGAAGGCUUCAAGAGUAGUUAAAGGGAAUCUAGUUGAUAAGAAGACGGAUGAGAAUCUUGUCAAAUCGAAAAGAGUUACUAGAAAUAUGAAGCGGGGCAGAUCAGGAGAGCCAGAGGUGGACAUUGGAGCUGCAUCAAACCAAAGCAACCUAACGCCUAAGAAGACUUUGAAUGAGUUCGUUCACUUUGAGCAAGAAGAAGCUUGUGGAGCUGAUGUUAAAGCUGGAGGCUCUUCCAAGAAUCAAGAAUGCAUUAAGGAUAAGCCUCAAGGAAUAAUAAUAACUGAGGACUCUCCUUCUUUCUCCCAAGCCAAAGCUGCAGAACCUGUUAGGAUGCUUGAGAAGGUUUUAGACCCUACACUGGAUAAGUCAGAUGAUAGUUCACAAAGGUCAAACAUCCGAGAGAUUAAUUGUGAACGUAUGGAAGAAGAAUGUGAAGAGAAACUUGAGCGAGAGACAGUUUCUAUGCCCCUGAUGGAGGAGGAAAAAGAGGAAGUAUCACCACGCUCUCUAAGCAGCCCAAAAGAUAAGCUACACGUCCCUACUGGCCAUAUCAUUGUUAAGGAUAGUGCUUCAACAGUUAUAGCAGAGGAAAGUACCAAAACAAAGGACGAAACCCUUAUUUACUCUCCUGAAUCUGAGCUUAAGGAGACUAGCUCUAUAGCUAAGUUAGCAAACGUUGAAGGAAGUCUGGAAAACUCAACUGAACGUUGGAAAGAGAUUCACUCAGGCAAAGAUGAUGAGAAAGGUUCCUUGGAGAACGUACAAGCAGAAAAUUUGCAUGGGAACGUUUCUGAAUGCAACACUGAGAGUAGCAGUGCAGAAGAAGAAAUGGAGAUUAGUAAGAUCGGUGGUCUGAGUGUUGCUCACUGUGUAAAUUUAAUACCAGAAAAACUUUUGGGUGAGUACUCUCAGUUAGAGCCAGAAGAAGCAGAGCGGCCUAACGUGGAAGCUAGAAGCUCUUCCCAGAAAGUGAAGAAGAUAGUGGCUCAAGAAUUCGUAAAAGAUAAGCCACAAGAAGUGGCUGACGACUCACCUUCUACAUCUGAAACCAAAGCUACAGAACCUACUGUGAUUUCUGAGAAUGUUUUGGAUUCUACACGGACAGUGUCAGGUGAGACGUCAGCGGUGAGAAACAGUCACGAGUUGAAUUCUGAAGUUUUGGAAGAAGGACGUGAAGAGAAACAUGAGCUAGCCAUGACUAAGAAAGACCAAGUGGAAACAUCAUCACUCUCUGAAUUUCUUACUGAGCGCUCAGAAGUGAAAACCUGCCUAGAUAACCGCAUCACUAGCUGUUCUCUAUCUGUGGAAGCUACUUUGUCUCCUGCUUCAGUACAAUUAGCAAUGAGCAACCCGGAAGCCGAUCUAGGCGUGCCUACUGGCAAUGAUAUUGUUUCGACGGUUAUAACCAAGGAGGAAACCCUUAUUUUAACCCCUACAUCUGAGCUUAAGGAGGAUAACGCUGGUGCUAAGAUAUCAAAAGUAGAAGCAAUCCUGGGAAACUCAGCUGAAUGUUGCAAAGAGGAUGAGAAAGGUUCCUUGGAGAAGGAUGUCCAAGCAGAAAAUUUGCAUGUAAACUUUUCUGAAUGCAUCACUGAGAAGAGCAGCUCAGAAGAAGUGGAGAUUAGUAAGGACGGUUGUAAGAGUGCAAAUCUGACGCCAGAGAAACUUUUGGAUACGUACACUCAAUUGGUGCCAGAAGAAGCAGGGGGACCUAAUGUGGAAAUUAGAAGCUCUUCCAAGAGAAUGAAGACAGUGAGUUCAGAAUGCCUAAAAGAGAAUCCACAAGGAAUGGCUGAGGAGUCGCCUUCUACAUUCGUGACCAAAACUGCAGAAACUCUCAUGAUGUCUGAGAAUGUUUCAGUUGAUAUUUCACCGGUGGGAAACACUCAAGAGUUGUAUCCUGAACUUACGGAUGAAGAACGUGAAGAGAAACAAGAGCUAGACAUAGUUCUGGUGGCUGAGACAGAGAAGGAGAAAAAGAAAGCAUCAUCAUCAUCUGAGCUAUUUGUGGAAACCACUCCACCUCCUCCUUCUUUAGUACAGAUAGCAGUGAGCAACCCUGAAUCCGAGCUAAGUGUGCCUACUAGACAUAUCCUUGUUAAGGAUAUUGUUUCAGUAGUUAUUGCUGAGGAAGAUAUUAAAACCGAGGAGGUUCCUAAAUCAGUGCAGAGCUUUGUAGCUAAAUUUGCAGAAACAGAUGCAGUCCUGGAAAAUUCAGCUGAAUGUUCGAACAAGAGUCUUUCAAUCAAAUAUGAUGGUAAAGGUUCCUUAGAGAAGGAAAAACAAUCAGCAAAGCGACAUGGAAACUUCUCUGAAUACAACGCUGAGAAUAGCAAUGCAGAAGAAGAAGCAGACAUCUGUAAAGUUGGUCGUAUUAGCGCUGGUCAUGGUGUAUACCGGGAGAAGCUCGAUGAGGUCGAGGAUGAGAGUCUAAUGAAAUCUGUGCAAACAAUUUCUAGUGAGAGAGGUUGUGAACCAAAUCCGUUGGUGCUAAGUGGAUCGUUGUCAACUGAAUUUGCUUCUCACUCACACAAGGAAGAGAACGUUUCAGAGUGUUUGGAGGAAGAGGAAAUGAAAGCUUUAUCCCAACCUACACCAAUAAAUAAAGCUGCUAGCAACGAACUUGACAGUUCAUCUCUAUUCACUACCCCCGAGAGGAACUUGAUGUUAAUGGAGCAGCUCAGCGAAAGUGGAAAGAUCUGUGAAGCUCAUAUAGUGACCCAGCACAAUGAUGAAGCAGUAGAGUCUGUUGUUUUCACAACUCCUGAAAAAGUUUUACUGCUGGGUGAUUCUGGGCUAGAUGAGGUGGGAAAGGAAGAGGAGCAUACAACCACAGACUUUCCUGAUGAAUCUGAUAUUCUCAAUACCAGCCAAAAUGAAGCUUUUAAUGAAGGAGAAAGAAUAGAGGUUGAGCUUCAUGACGAGCCUAACAUUACCGCUAGCCCACUGAGACAAUCCAGUGUAGGAGACUUCAAAGAAGAUAGAAACGAAAGGAAUGAAGAAAAUCGGACUGUUGAGCUCCAUUGUGAAUCCGGCACUUGCACUGGACAGGAUAAACAUGAUGGAGCAGAGAAUAGUGGAGGAAACAAAGAUAUGGAGUUAUAUGAAGAAUCUGUUGUUUUCACUGGUCUGGAGGAGAGGCAUGAGCUUUUUGGGGAUUCUAGAGAAGAUGAACUCAAUAUGGAUGCACAGUUCUAUGACGAAGCUGGAUUAUCCACUGAGAUGCACAAAGAUCUACCUUUAGCAGACCCUGAACUAGGCAAAGCAGGAUGGCUAGAAAUUAAUAAUGAUGACAAGUCAGGUAGCCUGGAGGGGCGAUUGUUAAAUGGAGACUCUGAACAAAAGAAAACAAAAAAGGCGCCUGCAGAGUUUCAUGAUGAGUCUGCUGUUCCCAGUAUUCCAGAAAGACAUCCAUUCCCGGAAGAGUCUGAACAGGAAGAAGCUGCAAAAAGUGAAGAAAACAAUGCUUUGGAAUCGCAAGCUGACUGUGACAACUUCACUGCCGCCAACGUAAAUGCUAAGUCUCAUGAUAUGUCCGAUGUUCUCACUGCUUCUGAAAGCCACUCUAUUAUGGGAGCCUUUGAGCCAGAUGGAAAAGAAAACAAGGAUGUGGAAUUGUUGGGUGAAUCUAACAUUUCCACAAACGAAGAGUCUGGACAAGAUGGAAAGAUAAAAUAUAAUACAGCAGCCACUUGCGAAGAGUCUUCUUUUUUCAUUUCUCCAGAAAGGCGACACCAUCUAGGAAACACUGAACCACACACUGCUGGAAAGCAAGAACGAAAGGAAGUGGAGUUCAAGGACGAGUCUACCUUCUUCACUAGGCUCGAGACUCGUUUACUUUUGGGAGAGUCUACUCAGGACCGUCUUGAUAAUGGCAAGUCUGGCUCAGCCAAGUAUCAAAGCCAUCAUGCUUCUUCUCCCAAAGUUAUUUUGAAGGACGACAGUGUGGCUCGGGAAUGUCAAGUUGCAGCUCCAGAUUUCAGAGAAAACACUAUUGUUGAUUCAAGUGGUAGUAUCGCAUCCAAAGUUUCUUAUAGCCAUGAGUUCAGUGCCGGGGAAGUAUCUGCAGGUGCAGAGUUUAUGCCAAAAGCUUCUCAGGCAAAAAAUGUUGCAGGUCUAGAUGCCAUACAAGGGACAUCAAAGCAAAGCAGAGGGAAUUCUCCACAUGUUGACACAUGCCAUACUAUGGGGGCUGACACUAUCAUGGAUGCAGAAAGAAAUGUUUCCUUGAGCUCCUAUGUUCUUUCCUUACCAGCUGAAGGUAAUUCUGAGACGAUUGGCGAAAUUUCCAACCACAUAGAAGUUGCUGGAACCUGUUCGUUGGUGUCUGAAGAAUCUGGCCCUUCCACAGACAUUCAGAAUCAGAUACAUGAUGCAGUGGAGGAACUGCCAGUAACAGACGAGCUCAUAGAUGCAAAGUUAACCAAGAACACUCAAAGUGAUUCCGAGACAAUUGGCUUACCAGAUGAAGGUGAUUCCAAGUCAAUUGUUGAAAAUCCCAGCCAACUUGAAAUUACUGGGACCUGCUCCAUGGUGUCAGAAAGAUCUACCCCUCCCAUGGACAAUCAGAACCAUAUAAAUGACGCUCUGAACGAGGAACUGGCAGUAACAGACAAUAGCAAAGCAGACGAGCUCAUAGAAGCAAAAGUAACGAAGAACGUUGACUCUUCAGGUGGCUCUGAUGUCUCUGGAAAGACAUGCGUCUUAGCUGGAACAGAGGAUGAGCACUUAGGCUAUAAUUCUGAAGUAACUGAUCAUGUUGAUACUGCAUUUGAGAACGACAUCUCUCUAACUCCUGAUGGAUCUACUCUUCAGAAAAACAGGAACGAAGAAGCUGCGGCAGAUGAUGAAAUGGUUAAUGGAAAAGCUACUCCGAGUCCUGAAGAAGCCUUGGUUAAGCCAUCUGAUAACAUUGGUGAAUCAGGUACGUUAUCAGAGAAGCGAGUAACAAGAGAACCGAUCUUGAUUUACAGAACACAAGCGAAGCCUAAAUGGCAUGACAUGAAAGAGAAUGCACCAAACUCAAAGAUUGUGGAUAAUCUUAACGUAACAGCUCCAAGGACAUCGAAGAGACAGCCGCUCCAAGACUUGAGGAAGAACUAGAAAGACACAGAGAAUCGGCAUAUCUCAUGCACGUUUAUGGGACCCACGUACCACUACUUUACUCCAAGUUGAGAGAAUCUUAAGCCCAUUCUAGGGACGCCGAACUUACUUGCCUGACAGUCACUCUGACGGAAGAAUUAGAAAUGUUUGGUUAUUGUUAAAUUAUAGAUUUUUUGAACUUAUUUGAUUUAUUGUGCAGCAAAAGUUACCAUUAAAAUAAUUAGUUGUAUAUUGUAAACAAAGGUCAGAUAAAAUCAGAUCCCAGAGUCUAUUCUGUUUUUAAAGACUCGUCAGCGAU